GACGUUGAAAAGGAACUCCAGCGUUUAGAAAACCUUGAUAUCAUUGAGCAAGUUGUUGGUCCGACACCAUGGGUAAGCCCAAUCGUUGUGGUGCCCAAGAAAACUGGAGAGAUCCGAUUAUGCGUGGACAUGCGUGAAGCGAAUAAAGCAGUGCAAAGAGAAAAACACCCCAUGCCAACUGUGGACGAGUUAAUCACAGACCUCAAUAGUGCCACAGCGUUUAGCACCCUAGAUCUUGCCUCAGGUUACCACCAAUUGGAGUUACACCCUGAAUCCCGCCAUAUCACAACCUUUACCACUCACGUUGGACUUCGACGUUACAAGCGACUAAUGUUCGGCAUUAACGCACAGCCUCAGAGAUAUUUCAGAAUGAAAUUGCAAACCUACUAGUUGGAUUACCUGGUUGUAAGAAUAUUUCGGACUACAUCAUCGUCUAUGGUCGAGAUGACACAGAACAUGAUGAGAACUUACGAGACGUGUUAACCCGUUUACAAGAAAACAACGCCAAGUUGUUUAACUUGGCGUUGUUUUCUUGUAAACGGGUUAACACGCCUGGUCCUUCCGUCAGCACCAAGUAG